UUUAGCUCUUCAAUCUGCAAAAAUCUAUGUAGAUUCACUCCAAUGCAAUCUCCAACUACCUCUUCAAUUCUGUAAGAAACAAAUUCUUGUUCAAAUUUAUAGUAUCAAAAAUGGAGGUGGAGAGGUGGGUUGGGUUUGUUGAAUUGAUAAACAGGCCAGCUAUAAUGGAAACAUUCGUCGACAUUUUGGUUUGCGUUGUACCGAUUUGGGUUGCCAUCAUGAUCGGAUUGUUGAUCGGCUGGUCUUGGCGACCUCGUUGGACCGGCCUUGUAUUUUUAGGACUCCGGUCUAAAAUCAACCGCUUUGUUUGGACCGUUCCUCCCGGGUUUGGUGCUCGCCGACUCUGGUUAGCCUUUACUGCUCUUUCGGCCUUCUCGGUUGGUAGGAAACUCUGGUUUAAUUUCCAGGGGAGUACACGUAAGCCUUCGGCGCCGGCGGCAGCGGAUUCGGGUUCUGUGUCGGCGGAUGAAUUUGGAUCGUCUUCAGUGGUUUCGGGUCCGGGUCUGGGUUCGGUUUCUUUUGCGCAAAGGAACGAUGAUUCCAUAAUCAGGCAUAUUACUGGAUCGGAAAAUGAGGACAUUGUGACAGAGAGAGAUCUGGAACACUUUCUACAUCUACUAGAUGGAAAGGAUGGAGAGAUGGCAUGGCAAACCAUGAUGGACCGCUCUACUUCAAACUUCACAUACCAAGCUUGGCGGCAUGAACCCGAGAUGGGCCCAACAAUCUACCGAACCAAAACUGUUUUUGAAGAUGCAACUCCUGAUUUAGUCAGAGAUUUCUUCUGGGAUGAUGAGUUUAGGCCGAAAUGGGACCCAAUGCUUGGUUAUUUCAAGAUAUUGCAGGAAUGGCCACAUACAGGAUCUAUGAUUAUCCACUGGAUUAAAAAGUUCCCGUUCUUCUGCAGUGAUCGUGAAUAUAUAAUCGGUAGAAGGAUAUGGGAAUCUGGGAAAACAUAUUACUGUGUAACAAAGAGUGUACCAUACCCAUCUCUGCAAAGACGUGAUAAGCCUAGGCGUGUGGACCUGUACUUUUCAAGCUGGAUUGUUAAGCCGGUGGAAUCAAAGAAGGGAGAUGGACAGCUAUCUGCAUGUGAAGUCACGCUUCUUCACUAUGAAGAUAUGGGCAUCCCUAAAGAUGUUGCUAAAUUGGGAGUUCGUCAUGGAAUGUGGGGAACAGUCAAGAAGUUGCACAACGGCUUCAGAGCAUACCAGAAUGCAAGAAAAUCAGAGGCAGCAGUUUCUAGAUGUGCUAUGAUGGCUCGGAUCACUACAAAGAUCUCGCUUGAUGAAAGUGUUGAUGCUUUGGAGCAAGUUUCUGCUGAAGAAGAUAGAGCUGUGGAAAUUCAAGGCCAAAGAGGAGAUGGUGGGAUUGACUGGAAAUGGGUGGCUAUAGGAACAGUCGCUGUAGUUUGUGGCCUUCGUUCAGGUAUGAUAGGAAAAGCUGUGCUAUUUGGAGCAGGGCAAAGGAUUGCUCGCAGAGGCAGAAAUGCUCAGUGAGGAUUGUAGCAAUUCUACCUUAUUAUUGUAUGUAUGCAUGCAUUAUUCUUUAUUGGUUUUAACAUUAAAGCCUACAACCAUCAGCGUGGAGAAAAUAAUUACUCCAUGUACUCUUGACAUAAAAAAAAAGAAAAAAGAGACCGUUCCUUUACACGGAUCGACAA